AUACUUCCCUGUGCUGCUGCAUAUCACCAUGGAAGGCUCAAGAUGGAGGGAAUAGGGCCUUGGUGGCUUGUGCCUUCCUCCCCCAAACAUCACCAAAUGCUCCCGGCGCUUACUUCCAAUACAUCCAUGGAGUUCUGCAACAACAGAAGGGAAAACAAGGCUUCACAGUCCUCAUCCUUUACUGAGAGGAAUAACAGCACAUCUACACAGUGGCGUUUACCUAUUCGCUCGCGCCGCGGCUGCCAUGCAACCUAUGUGGGCGCCCGGUUGGCACAGCCCACGUUCACCGGAGCGAUGCCGAAGAGGAAACCCCCGGUCCCUCUCCGGGCGAGGGGCGCGCUGCGGGCCGGCUCCGGGCGGGCAGCUCUCCCUCCUCGGCGGCGGCGGCGGCGGCGGGAAUGCUCCGCUCUGCGGCCAGCGGCGGGCAGCGUCCAUUGCAGCUCGGCGGGUCCGAGUCCGGAGUCCGAGGGCUCCGGCAGCCAGCAGGGGCACCCGGCCCCCACUCCCCUAAACACCGCUGGCCAGCUCUCCCCGAGGAGGAAGGAGCACGGCGGGGCCGCUCGUCCCGUAUUUCACCGCCCCGGAGACGCCGCCACCGGAGCGAUUAAAACAAAGCGGAGAACCGCCACUUUCCACACUCUUCGCGCACCGAGUAACGCGGCUGGCUACGGGAGCUCGCCUAGCAGGGACGAAAAACAAGGGGGGGGGGGUAAAGGAGGAGAGCCCACCCUCCACCCCAGCAGCCCCCCGGCUGAUGCCCGCGCCCGGCGCACCCCAGCGCUGCCCGGCGCACCUGACAGCCCGCCGCGCCGCGCUGUAUUUCCCUCCCUUAGCGACAGGGGAGGGGCGCGCCGGCCGCGGCGCCGCCAUUGGCGGAGGGGAGCGGCGCGGCGCCGCCAUUGGCUGCGGCGGCGGCCAAUGGUGCGCGCUGUAUCCGGGAAGCAGGAGGCUGCGGAGCUAUUUAAAUCCUGCCCGGUGAUGUCAGCGCGGGCUCGCGGGGGGGCUCGGGCGGCGGGGCGGGCGCGCCUGUCAGCCCGCGUUAGGCGCAGCGCGGGAGCGGGAGUGGCCCGGCACCUGCCUUACGGGACCCCGCAGCGCCCUCCUCCCCUUCCCCGCGAACUUGUCCCGGUGGCGGUCCUGGAAGGUGCGGGUUAA